AUGAAAAUUCCUCAAAAAAUUAGAGCGCACGCCUACGCUUCUGGCCUUUUCGUGCUUGUUGCCAGCGCCGCCUACUGUGCCUACUCUGGAGCCAUGGAAAUUAAGGUGAGUCCGAAAUUGUACGCUUCUCACGAACUGUGGUUAUUUGCAGAAAUGGUCAAUGGCAGCUCCACGUCUACAGCAUCAGGAAAUGGAGGACUAUUUGAGAGUCAAAGAAGAGCAGGCUCGUCGGAAAAUUGCGGCAGCUCAGCAAUAA